AUGAAGCUGGUGCUUAUUGAGACCGCUUUGCCAACCGAGGCGAGCAUGGAAAAGCUGCAGGACUUGGCGUCGGACCUGAUGAAAGGCGAGUGUCCUAGCCGUCUCGCCGGCUACGCCCUGCGUGGGACAACAGCGGGCGUGUGCUACACCCUCCAGUUCGACGCCGGCCUCGACGACUCGCUCUUCACCAUCGACACGACCGGCGUCGCCGGCCUCGUCAUUGCCGGCGAGCACGGGCCGACCGAGUUUGAGCGUGACCGCCACUAUCUCUACGACUCGUCCGGCACCGACAUCGAGCCGAUCGCCGAGGGGGGCGACGCGGACCACGACAUCUCCUUUGGCUCGCACUCCUUCAACAUGGCGCUGCUCCUCUCCCUCUUCGCCGGUCUCGCGACGGCAGUCGGCGGCCUCGUCGUCUACCUGCCCGAGUCGCUCCAUGGCGGGCGUGAGGCGACGCUUGCCUGUGCCCUGGCAGACACAGACGCGCAGAGGUGCGUACUGCCAGGCGCGAAGUGCGACCAGAAAUGA